CAACCAUCAACACCGGAAUAGGAACAGAAUCAGCAUCAGCAUCACCGCCAGCCGAGUCCCCGCAAGCAUUGCGUCCGCGAUUGUUAGAAUCCACAAAUCGAAAUAGCGCAAGCAAUAAUGAAACCAACAGGAAGAGGUUGAUAAAGCAAAGAACUCCAGUAGUUUCACACCGCCACCAUGAAGAGGACGGUUCUCUCUCCCGAGAAGAAGCUCCGGCCGCAACGGCGGGAGCAACUACAGCAGACCGAUACACCACCGACCCGCAGCACCGCGGAUCSAAAGGGAGCMAGGCCCGCCGUGGUYGUAGCGUCUCUCGCGACCGACCGAUCCCGUGCCAACCAGUCCUAUUCGUCCCUCGCUCUGUCCCCCAAGGGCCGCUACGCCCUGGUUGCGGGAAAGGACACGAUCCAGCUGGUUUCCGUCGGACCCGACGGCCUGAAGCGGGUCCGGUCCCUGAAGAUUUCCCACCACUUCUACAACCCCGGGGCAUCCGCUCCGUCCCCCGAUGCCGCCGGUGGCACGGGCAAAGCGCAGCAGCAACAGCAGCAGCAGUACGGAGAUCUGAGUGGAAUCUUUCACCUGGCCGCGGAAACCCGCGCUUCCGCCGUCACCGCCGGUGUGGCCAACAUGAACCUGAACCAGCAAUUCGGUAACAUCACCGUGACAAAGGUUGCCUGGAGCAACAACUACUCCGCCGCGGGCAUCCUGCCCGCUCUGAAACACAGCACGAGAAACCUUUCGCAGMGGGGCUCGAACGCCGGAGCCACCGGAUCGGCCGCCGAUGCGGGCACGGACGAAUCGGCGGCUCUCUCCCUGAGCACGAGGGCCRCGGAUGCGAACGACCGGGGAAACACGCAAAAGGGACGGAGGCGGAGGAGCAGCCGACAACAAAGGAAGAGCGCUYCCGUGGAAGAUGCGGACGGCGAUGGGUUGGAAGGAGAAGACGAGGAAACAAUGAAGGAAGACGAGAGCCUGGUGGCGGUGGCGGGAUCAAACGGGGUCGUGGCCGUCUGGAGGGCCAAGCGGCUGCUCUUUUCGGAUUUCGGGAAACCGAGCGAGGCUUCCAAGGGGGGCAAGGGCGGUGGCUUUGGCAUCGGUGGUUCGAAAAAGACACGGRCUUCCUCGCCCUCGUCCGCUUCCAUUCUCGCCAAGCAGCAGCGAACGCAGCAGCCCGAGGCGAUUCUGAACCAGCACACCCGGGCGGUCAACGGCAUGGCGUGGCACCCGACCAGGUCGGGGCUCCUGCUGACGGCCAGCCAGGACGGGAGCAUCAUCCUGUGGAAACGAACGGCCCUGGCAAACCCCUCGCGGACGGAGGACCAGCAACACGAAGCCUCCAAACAACAACAGCAACACCCCAAGGAACAACCCUCGUGGUUUUCGAUCGUGGGAGGCGUCGUGGGCGGCAGUUCCGGUCAKGGGGGRAAGGGGAGCCGAGCGGGCGAGGAGGACGAGGAAAACAGCCAAAAAUACACCUGGCGGUGUAAGACCACCUUUUCCCUCGGGGAACAAGAAGCGGUCCGGGACAUCCAGUGGAGCCGUCUUCUCCCCGAUGUCUUUGGCGUGGUCACGUCGAACGGCAACCUCGUGGUGUACAACAUGCACGUUGCCRUCAAGGCGCUGGUCAAGAUCGCGGCCCACACCGGAGACGCKGCGUCCCUGGAUUGGCACCCCCGGUGGCCAUUCGUCGUGGCCACGGGUGGGUCCGGAGACCGCUUCGUCAAGGUGUGGGACCUGGAGUCCUCGCUGGAUCCGAUUGUUAGCAGCCAAAAUGAUCGCCAUUCCAAGAGGAACAAUCCGCGGAAGGAAGUUCUGCACCACCACCAAGAAAACUCGAACACACACGGCAGCACCAAAUCGAGUUCCUCGUCUACCUACAGUGCUAGUUCUGGCGAGUCCCUGUACGUAAAAUUMUUAGCAUCGAUGUUUUGGGAGUUAUCUUCGUUUCGAACUGGUCUCUCAUCUUCGAUUUGUUUUUGUUUUGUUUGAUUUUGUUCCAAAGGCAUUCUUCUGCUGGCGGUGCGAGUCUUUCGUCGUACGGCCCACCAAACAAAUGGGAUUUAACGUCACGAAGUACGGCAUCCGCCUGGUCUAUGGGUGGGAGACACCACAAAUCUACCUCGUCAGGGUUUUCCAAGUACGUGCUCUCAAUAUCUGCUUCCGUCACGCAGGUGCGCUGGAGGCCACCGUCCAAUGACUUUGGUCCGAACGACAAGAACAGCGAUGACCCGAACCAGAACGAAACGAUGGUCGACCGGCACGAUUCGAUGCUGGCCGUGGCAACUGCAAGGCUUACCAGUGCGGGGGGCUCGGGAACGCUGAGUUUGUGGUCGUUCCACCGGCCAUUCAUGUCGCUCAGCAUUGUAGAAGGACACGAAGAAAGCGCGGUUUCGGAUUUUGUAUGGGUCAGAACACCCCAAACCGUCCCCCACAGAAAACACGCUAGCGAGCAGCAGGAGCAUGAUAGAAUGGGAUUCAAGCACCUAGCUUCGGAAUCUAGUCUGUCAGCGCUGACGAGCUCGCAAAGACUUCGGAAGAAGUCUUGGGAUUUCUCCGAUCUGGACUAUCGAGGAGACGAGCAAGCYACCGAAGUUAAGUCUGUUUCCUACAUAUGGCAAAACGUUCUAAGCGUCGGCCGAGAUGGCCAGUGCAUCAUGCAGAGCUUCGCAAGGGGAGAACGCAGGAUUCGUCACGUGCCGUCAUCGUGCUUUGCAAUGGCCAAUCUUUCCCCGUUUCAAGAAGGCUACGGGUCAUUGCAGUGCUUCAGUGUAUACCAGGACGUACCAAAUCGUGCAGAAGACGAUUUUAUGCUUACCGGUUUGAGACAGGAUGAGCAUACAGCAAAAGCACCGGGCGUGUUCUUCGAGGAAGAUCUUCAGAAACAUCUUGUGAACAAGAAAAAAGAAGUCGAGGGUGUCGGRAAACGACUCCCCGUCUUGGUACCAAAGCUGCGCUUUUCGGUUCUAGAUCAGGGCAGCUUAGAUGCCAACGGGAUGCCCAUUGAAAACGAGGAAGAGACGCUGUGUAUUGCCCCGGAGGUUCUUCACUUAUCGAGAUUUGCUCGUUUGUACAAGAUGUAUCCGGACAACCAAUGCCAAACCCGUGUUGAACUGUGUCUCUACAAUAGCACGAUCGCAGAACAGCUGAAAUGCAGGCCUCUAGCGCGCAUGUGGAAAACCGUUGCUACGCUGCUCGAUGCCUCGGGGUUGGACGAGCUCCCAGCCCACGAUUCUGCGAGUCCCGCAAAUGCCUUCCAGUUUGUCAUUUUUCCAACGGUGAAGUCGUUGCUUUUUGAAAGGGCUGAAGCCGGUGAUGUUCAAACAAAUGUUGCGCUGUGCGAGGUCCUUCAGGUUGUUGAUCCCGGUGGAGAAAAAACGCGUAUUCCAGGUCUCGGAAUACGAUUGGUCCGGGAAUGGUAUUUAUCGUACAUCGAUCUUUUGCAUCAGAUGUGUCUGUUCUCGGAGGCAGCAUUUCUUAUCAAACAUUCGAAGGACCCUGCCAUCGGUGCAUUGAGCCAGCAAUCUACAACGUAAGUAAAACUAUUUUGGUACAAAAAGUGUACUUACCUCAGAUUUUCCUAGCCAAAACCGACGAAUCUUUUGUAUCACARCGGGCUUCUGACACGUCUUUUUCAUCCUCUAUCUCAGAUUCCACGAAUCCUGUCCAAGAUGCGGAAAACCCCUGGAUUCGACAGCCGAUACCUCCGGAGCCAAUGGCGUGAGCAACGCUGGAUCCUCCGGCUCCUCUCGGCAGGUUUGCAAGAAUUGUCGCCGACGUGUUGGCAUAUGCUUUAUUUGUCACGAACCAGUGAACGGAGUCUUUGUGUGGUGCCCGGGAUGCGGGCACGGAGGCCACCUGGAACACGCAYUACAAUGGUUUGGAGGUCUAGAUGGUAGGGCCGUGAGAACUGUAUGUCCCACGGGGUGUGGUCACAAGUGCAACUUUGUUCAGUUUGCGUCUACAUUUCCUAGGACUAUGAGCAUGGCACUUUCGGACUCCUCCCCAAUAGAUCAUACCACUCUCGCUAUUCCAGGUCACCAAGCCAGGUGCAUGCCCGCAACUACUUCUUCGCUGUACAAUCUGGAUAAAACAUUCUAAGAGACACCGAUUCAAAACGAURGACAAUCAAGAUUAUCUACAAUG